AUGGGCGCGCGCGGCGAAGGGCGAAGGGCAGGCCGGCGCUGCCGCACACGCCGGGGACGCUCGCUCGCUCCCGUCCUGCGACGCAAUCAAAUGAUGCUGUUUGGAAAAAUUUCCUGGCAGUUGUGUGGCUUAAAGAAACUCCCAUGGUCAUGUGACUCCAGAUACUUCUGGGGCUGGUUGAAUGCAGUGUUUAAUAAAGUAGAUUAUGAACGCAUCAAAGAUGUUGGUCCCGAAAGGGCGGCCUCCGAGUGGCUGCUUCGCUGUGGGGCCAUGGUGCGCUAUCACGGCCAGGAGAGGUGGCAGAAGGACUACAACAACCUCCCAACAGGCCCUCUGGACAAAUACAAGAUCCAGGCCAUCGAUGCCACCGACUCUUGUAUCAUGAACAUUGGAUUUGAUCACCUGGAGGGCCUACAGCAUGUUGAAAAAAUAAGGCUAUGCAAGUGUCAUUAUAUCGAGGAUGCCUGUUUGGAGAGAAUUAGUCAAUUUGAAAAUUUACAAAAAAGUUUGUUGGAAAUGGAAAUAAUUUCAUGUGGGAAUGUCACAGACAAAGGCAUCAUUGCUUUGCAUCAUUUAAGAAACCUCAAGUAUUUGUUGCUAAGUGAUCUUCCUGGAAUAAGAGAGAAAGAAAACCUUGUUAAAAUCUUUAAGACAUUACUACCUUAUCUGGAACUAAAAUUAGACUUGAAGCAAAAUAAUAAUCAUCAAUAAGUCCUUAUUCAAUAUAAAGUAUCAUUUAAAAUUAUUGACCCUAAACAGCAACAAAUAUUAUGUAAGCAUCAAUAGAAUUAUAAGGAUAUCAUAUCAUGAUAUUUUAAAAGCAGAAAGUCCAUCAUGUAGAAAAUAAAUAUUCAGAUGAGACUCAUUAAAGUUACUAAACUGGAAGUGAUGCAAACUUGGUAACAUUUUAAUUCUAAUUUACUCAUUUUAUAUAGAUAUCUCUUGAUGUAGAUACUUAGAAUUCUUUAAAAUCAUUUAAAUGUACAACACAGAUAUUCUUUAUUGUAUUUUAACAGUAAUUUAUGUUGCACUUUAAAGUUAUUGAAGCAUCCUAUAUAAUAAAGAGGUAAUAUGCAAAUUAACCCUCAUGCCCUCACAAGAUGGCUGCCUACGACCA